AUGGAAGCCCCUCUGGACGUGCCUGUAGGGAACCUCAUCGACUUCGAUUCCGAAACACCCUCCUGCAUCCCCUCAGAGCCCUCUCCUCCCGCUGCCCCCAGCGGCAAUGGGCACCUGGGGGACGUGGAGGACGUGGCCGGGGAGGAGAGCGAUGCCACUGAGUCGGCGGACAGUGAGAAUGACAUGGGUGACUCUCCCAGGCACUGGGGUGGCUACCGCCGGUCCUCCUCCAACGAGUCCUUCUCCUCCAGCCAGAGCACCGAGUCGGCCCGGGACGAGGCGACGGCCGAGCGCCGGGAGUUCAUGCGGCACUACGUGGAGAAGAUCUUCACCGGGGGAGAGGAUUUGGACCAAGAAGAGAAGGCCAGGUUCGGUGAGCUCUGCAGCGGCGAGAACGGGAAGGGAAGGGAAUGGUUCGCGAGAUACGUGAGCGCCCAGCGCUGCAACUCCAAGUGCGUCUCGGAGCAGACCUUCUACCGCCUGAUGCAGUCGUUCGCCCUCGUGCUGUUCGAGUGCCACCAGAUGGAUGACUUCAGCCCUGCCAAGAACCUUAUGACCAUGUGUUUCACCUACUACUACAUGGGCAAGACCCACGCACUGCCCUUGGAGGCCAAGGAGAAGCCCAUGGGCAGCAUCGAUUCGUACCUGAAGUCAGCCAACAGCUGGCUGGCAGAGAAGAAGGACAUCGCGGAGCGACUGCUGAAAAACACGUCGGCCAAGACGGAGAACGUCAAGGGCUUCUUUGGAGGCCUGGAGACCAAACUGAAGGGUCCUACCACCAAAAAGAGCGACGAAGGUGAGGACAAACCAAAGGAGAAGCUGAAGAAGACAGUUUCUGUGCAGAGCCCAGAGGAGGAGGAGAAGAAAGGAGAGAAGAUCUACCUGUACAUGCACCUCAAGCAGCAGCCGAUCUGGCACAACCUGCGGUUUUGGAACGCCGCCUUCUUCGACGCUGUGCACUGCGAGCGCAGGAAGCGGUCCCCCACCACCAGAGGGAACGCUGGGGAGGAAGAGGAGAAGAGGGAGAAGUGGUGCCACAUGACACAGCAGGAGCGUGAUGACAGCCUCCGCUUCAACGAGAACAUCACCUUCGGGCAGCUGGGCACCUUCAUCCACAACAUGCUGGCGUUCGGCCUGAACAAGAAGCUCUGCAGUGACUUCUUGAAGAAGCAGGCGACCAUCGGCAAUUUGGAUGAAGAGCAAUACAAGCUGCUCAGCGACCACAUCGAGCAGAUGGCCACCGAAUAG